ACGCCGGGGACUGGAGACGUCAGGUUACAGGAGGUUAUUUGGUUGUUCAGAAUAAGCAUUUAGUUAAAAUUUUCACGGCGUAAGUUUGUUUCCCAGUCUGUUUAAAGAGCCAUGAAUCCUGAUAUUAGGAGAGAGCGUGAAAACGCUUCAUUUGAUGUCGAAAAACUAACAUAUAUUUUGGACGGAGGCCCAGAGAAGACCAAACGAAGACGAGAAAUUGAGGCACUUGUUUUCAGCGACCCAGACUUUAAAGAGGAUGACCCAAACUUCCUGUCUCGUAGUGAGCGCUAUGACCAGGCUAUUCGAAAAAGUGCCCAGAUGAUCCUGAAGCUCAGAGAGUAUGGCAUUGCUGACCCGGAGGAGAUCGUCUACUACAAGAGUUGUGUGCACCCAGGCAGGCCAUCGCCCUUGGACCUCCAUUUGGCGAUGUUCCUGCCCACUCUGCUCAACCAGGCCACCCCAGAGCAGAUGGAGCGUUUCUUCAUGCCCACCUGGAACCUAGAGAUCAUCGGCACCUACGCUCAGACUGAGAUGGGCCACGGCACGCACCUCAGAGGCCUGGAGACMACCGCCACAUUCGAUCCGGACACUCAGGAGUUCGUUCUGAACUCGCCCACCGUCAGCUCCAUCAAGUGGUGGCCUGGAGGACUCGGGAAGACUUCCAACUACGCCAUAGUUCUGGCCCAGCUCUACAGUCUUGGAAACUACCACGGUCUGCAUGCUUUCAUCGUGCCUGUCCGUGAUAUGACCACACAUAAACCUCUGCCAGGUAUUGUAGUCGGUGAUAUCGGUCCCAAGUUUGGCUUCAAUGAAGUCGACAACGGCUUCUUGAAACUGGAGAAAGUGAGAAUUCCUCGGGAGAACAUGCUCAUGAAAUAUGCCAAGGUGGAGCCAGAUGGAACCUACGUGAAGCCACCCAGUUCCAAGCUGACCUACGGCACCAUGGUGUUUGUCCGCUCCAUGAUCGUCAGGGAGUCGGGUAUGGUCCUUUCCAAGGCCUGCACCAUCGCCAUCCGCUACAGCUCCGUCCGUCACCAGUCUGAGAUCCGACCGGGCGAACCGGAGCCUCAGAUCCUCGACUACCAGACGCAGCAGUAUAAACUGUUCCCUCUGCUCGCCACGGCCUAUGCCUUCAUCUUCAUCGGCCAGUAUAUGACCGAGACGUACCACCGCAUCUCCGGAGAUAUCAACGAGGGGGAUUUUAGUGAGCUGCCUGAGCUCCAUGCCCUCUCUGCGGGGCUGAAGGCUUUCACCACGUGGGAGACCAGCUCCGGCAUCGAAGUGUGCCGCAUGUCGUGCGGCGGCCAYGGUUACUCCCGAAGCAGCGCCUUGCCGGACAUUUACGUGGAGUUCACCCCGACCUGCACGUACGAGGGCGAGAACACGGUCAUGAUGCUGCAGACUGCCAGAUAUUUGGUGAAGAGCUACCGGCAGGCUAAAGCAGGCCAGAAACUCRGUGGCAUUGUGUCGUACCUGAAUGAGUCUCAGGAUUGGAGGCUGCAGCCGCAGACCGUCGCUGCCAGACCACCGGUGGUCGACACCAACGACCUGAGCAGCCUGGUGGAAGUUUACAAACAGCGAGCUGCCCAUCUGGUAGAGAUGGCAGCAAAGAGCAUCCAGCAGGAGCUACAGAACAGGAAGAGUCAGGAAGACGCCUGGAAUAACAGCUCAAUUGAUCUGGUCAGAGCCUCUGAUGCCCACUGUCAUUACGUUGUACUGAAGGUCUUCACUGACAAGCUGGGAGAGGUUGGUGACACAGCAAUGCACUCAGUGCUGUCAACUCUAGCUCUUCUCUACGCCACGUAUGGAAUCACAAAGAAYUCUGGAGACUUCCUGCAGGCUGGACUGCUGAGCGUCCCUCAGGUUCUGCAGAUUUCCCUUCAGAUCAAAGAGCUUCUGGCUCAGCUGAGGCCCAACGCCGUGGCGCUGGUGGACGCCUUUGAUUUCCACGACAAGAAGCUGAACUCUGUUCUGGGACGAUACGAUGGCAACGUUUAUGAGCAAAUGUUUGAGUGGGCUCGUCGUUCGCCUCUCAAUGCCACCGAGGUGCAUGAAUCCUUCCACAAGUACCUGAAGCCUCUGCGGUCGAAACUGUGAGCUCAUCGAUGGACUACAGCUGGUGACCUUGAUUUGAGCUGGUGGCAGUGAUGGAUUUUACUUUGUGUCCAUGAGAAAUUUAGCCCCUCUUCUUCAUCUGUUUAUUCUCUGAGCAGGAAAGUUAAACACAUUCAGGCUUUUGAAAGUUUUGGUAGAACAAACACUAACCCUGAUAGAGGAGUGGGCUUCUGUUUGAUUAAAAAAAUUAAACUCACAAAAUAGCUUUAAGAAUCCUAAAAAUAAUAAGAAUUUUGCACAAUUUUUGUUCCCCAAAUGCUUUCUUUAUGUCUCAAAUUUCUUCGUUUCUUCAGUGCCUGAAAAUAAGAAAACUAAUUAGUCCAACACGCUUUCAGACAUUGAAAAUGAUUAAACAGACAUAAUGAUUUAUUAUCCAGUCAGGUUAGAAAUUAAGAGUGAACUGAUCCCGUUGAUGCUUUUUGUCGCUUCAGGUUUCAGACAUAUCUUUGUACUUUGAAUUUUAUUGAUUUAAAGCAAACCUGAACUGUAGUUAAACCCAAACAGUUUUUAUGAUCAUAUGAUUCUUUUAGGAUCAAAUACUGAAAACUGUUUCCUGCAGGGUGUCCCUUGGUUUGCACAAGGUCAGCUGUAACGGUCUCCAACAACACUUCAUUCCAGUUAAUAAAAGUUGAGAUCUAAUGGGACCUUCAGCAGACAAAGUUUGAAGCUGGGGAUGAAAUUCUGCACUUUUUACUGUAAUUAUCUCCGAUUCGGAGAGGACUGACACUUUAGAUUUCCCUAAUGAUGCUGAAUGAUGAAUUGUUGCAUCAGUUUGUGUGACUGCAUGUUCUGAAGGUGUUUGAAAGGAACCAAGUGUUCUGUAAGGAUAAACUGUAAGAGGAAACGUCACGUUUCAGAGGUCCAACCCCACUUUACCUUUUUUUUUUAUUCUUAUUUUGGAUCAACCCUGUUUACGAAUACCAAUUUUAAAUAAAGUGCCGUCUUGACAAUGUUAAAUCAAAUCUGCCUGCACUAUUUUUAUUUUAUGGAAACAACUAUGUUUUUAAAUUAGUCUGUAUGAUAGUUUGCCACUAAAGUCAUAGAAAAUGGUUUGAAAACAUCUUUUUUAAAAACUGAUGUGGACAGCAGAAACAUUUUUUAUUCUGUCUGGAAGCAUGCAUAAAUGUUGGUACUGAAUAAAAGUAGAAAUAAAACUACCCCAUGCAUAUUUUUGUAGCUUUUUGAUAUACUGCACUGGAUAGUGGGAGUUUUAUUCUGAAGCCUUGCUGUAUAAUUCAACUUGAUUUCUAAAGAAAAGAUGUGCCUGAAGAUGUUUUGUCUCUUCAUAAUUUAAUUGAGAUUUUUCAUUUCUGUAUUUACUCAAGCUGUUUAACAUCUGAUCUAACUGGGAAAGGUACAGUUAUUGUUACUAUAGAAUGACUGAUUUUAACCUGAUUUUUAUUGUCUGAUAGAAAAUUAAUCCGAUAAAUAUAAAUAAAACAAUAGAAGAAAAA